UUCUGCCUCGGCUCCCUCUGCUACCAGCUCGGCGGCGGCCCCCCGCGCUUCCUGCUGGACCUCAGGCACUAUCUGGAAUUUGGCCCAGAGACUUCCAUGGGAGAUUAAUGUUCCUUCACCAGGAAAUUCCACUUAUUUGGAUGAUCAUGGACCUCCCCCUCGGAAGGUACUUCCUUUCCCUAGCCAAGUGGUGUACAACAGAGUUGGAAAGUGUGGGAGUAGAACUGUGGUUUUACUUUUGAGGAUCCUCUCAGAGAAACAUGGGUUCAACCUAGUCACAUCUGAUAUACAUAACAAAACUAGACUGACCAAAAGUGAACAGAUGGAACUGAUUAAAAAUAUAAGCACUGCUGAGCAACCCUAUUUAUUCACUAGACAUGUUCAUUUCCUCAACUUCUCAAGGUUUGGAGGAGAUCAGCCAGUGUACAUCAACAUUAUUAGAGAUCCGGUCAACCGAUUUUUAUCCAACUAUUUUUUUCGGCGAUUUGGAGACUGGAGAGGGGAGCAGAAUCACAUGAUCCGUACUCCAAGCAUGAGACAAGAAGAAAGAUAUCUAGACAUUAAUGUAUGUAUUCUUGAAAAUUAUCCUGAGUGUUCCAAUCCCAGGUUAUUUUACAUCAUACCAUAUUUCUGUGGACAGCAUCCAAGAUGCAGGGAGCCUGGUGAAUGGGCCCUUGAAAGAGCAAAAUUGAACGUGAAUGAAAAUUUCCUGCUUGUGGGGAUUCUGGAAGAGUUGGAGGAUGUGCUGCUUUUACUGGAAAGAUUCUUACCUCACUAUUUUAAGGAUGUGCUCAGCAUUUACAAAAACCCAGAACAUAGGAAACUUGGCAAUCUGACUGUGACAGUGAAAAAGGCCGUCCCUUCUCCAGAAGCCCUCCAGAUUCUCUACCAGCGCAUGAGAUAUGAAUAUGAAUUUUACUACUACGUCAAAGAGCAGUUCCACCUGCUAAAGCGCAAGUUUGGACUUAAAUCUCAUGUCAAUAAGCUACAUCCCAGACCAGAAUUUUUUAUUCCUUCUCCUCUGGAAACUGAAGAACCAAUAGAUGAAGAGGAGGAAGAUGAUGAAAAAUGGCUAGAGGAUAUCUAUAAAAGUUAUUGCAGGUAAAUUUAGCUGUCGUGAAAGAAGAACUAACAGCAUUGGCUUUAGCCAGGCUUGAUGGAAGCAGGUGUUUUGCAAACUUUAGUCCUUUCCAGCUGCCCUCCUUCCCUGUCUGGAUGUCUUUUGGGUAAAAAUCCUAGUUACAGUGAAUUGUACCAAACUGUAUGAUGGUUUGUGCAGGGAAGAAACAAAGACUAGGAUAAACCCAGGAGGCAGUCUAGUGACACGAGCAAAAUCCUGAGAACUAAGCUGAUACAGAGAGUAAAAAUGCCAUAAGGCCUGUUACGCAAACCAUUGUCCUUAUGUCAUUUAAAAGUGGAUAAAG